AACAGACACUGUAGCUGGUGAUAGCCUGUGCACGGCUUCCAACACCAGAGCGGGGGCAUUGACGCAUUGUGGAGUCUACGGGUAGCACUGCCAACCCGGCUGCGCUACAGACGCAUCCAUGAGCGAAACCGCGAUGGCCGUGGUGCAGCUCGAGACGGAGGACCAUCAACCGGAGAAUGGCUUCGUUUCACCAGAAACCGAAUCGCCGGGAUUGCUCACACGCAUCGACCAUUCUGUCUUGCCUUUUCUAGGGGGAUUUGGGAAAUACCAGAGACAGCUCAUCGUCCUGACAUGGAUUCCAGCAUUAUUUAUUGGAUUCAGCCAGUACUCUGAUGAAUUCCUUCUUGCCCAACCGAACAACACAUGUGUUCCGCCAGCGGCAAAUAUGACUAAUUUGACUAAAAGUCCUUCUUCAUUAUUUCAUGGUCCCAAUAAUAGUUUUCCGCGAACAGCGGCGUACGUUUAUACCAAUGGCACACACAACGAAACAGCCAGGCAUCUGCAACAUUGCAUGUGCAAGGAGUGGACGUUUGAGCUUCAUACGGGACUCAUGCAGAAUGUGGUUACCAAGUGGAGUCUGGUUUGUGACUCGGCAUGGAAGGUCCACAUAGCAAAGUUCUCUCUGCUUGUUGGUUCCAUCUUCGGAUACCUGGUCUUUGGAGUCCUGGCAGACUGGUUUGGUCGCCACCCUGUCAUGAUCAUCUCUGUCCUGUUCAUGCUGGUGUUCGGUCUGACUGUGGCCUUCUCGGUCAACGUUCCCAUGUUCAGCACCCUGCGCUUCUUCGAGGGCUUCUGCCUGGCCGGCAUCGCCCUCUCCCUCUACAUCCUCAGGAUCGAGCUUUGCCUGCCAGCCUGGCGUUUCCCUAUGACCAUGGUGGCCAGUUUCGUGGUGCUGGGUGGGCAGCUCCUGAUGCCCGGGAUGGCCUACCUCUGUCGAGACUGGCAGGUCCUGCAGGCCGUCAUCAUCUGUCCGCUGCUCCUCAUGCUGUCAUACAUCUGGAUCUUCCCUGAGUCUCUACGCUGGUUACUGGCCACUCAACAGUAUGGUCGCUCCAAGAGCAUCAUAGGACACAUUCUGAAGAAAAACCAGGUCAACACCGAGCAGGACAGUGAUCACAUCCUUUCAGAGCUGCAGAGAGCUCUUCCCAAGAAACCCAAAAAGACCUGCAUUGUGAAGAUGGUGGGGACAAGGAACCUGUGGAAAAACAUUGUGGUGCUCUGCGUCAACUCGCUAACAGGCUACGGGAUCCACCACUGCUUUGCCCGCAGCAUGAUGGACCACCACGAGACUCACGAGUCCACCAUGUUCCACAACUUCUACGCCGACUACUACACCAUGGCGGGCAUCGCGGUGGCAUCGUGCGUGGCUCUGUGCCCGGCGGUGGGCGUGAUGGGGAGGAGGGGCGGUCUGCUCAUGUUCAUGAUCGUCACUGCCCUGGCGUCCCUGCUGCAGCUCGGCCUGCUCAACUUGCUUGGGAAAUACAGUGUCCAUCUGAAUAUAGAGCGCUCGGAUACGCUGCAUAAGAACUUCUCCAUCGCCUUCUCCAUAAUCGGCAUGUUCUCCUCCCACGCCGUCAGCAACCUGAGCAUCUUCUUCUGUGCUGAGAUCACCCCUACCGUCAUCAGGGGAGGCGGCCUGGGCCUGGUGCUGGCCAGCGCUGGCUUCGGCAUGCUCACCGCCCCCAUCAUGGAGCUCCACAACCAGAAGGGCUACUUCCUCCACCACAUCAUCUUCGCCUGCUGCACCCUCAUUUGCAUCAUCUGCAUCCUCCUCCUCCCCGAGACCCGCUACCAGCCGCUGCCCGAGACCCUGGCUGACGGGGAGUGCUACACCCGGGUGGGCAGCGCGCCCUUGCUGCCCUCCAGGAAGACUGGCGAGCAGCACUUCCUGCUGGCCCCGCCCGAUAGCGGCAGAGACCACGGCCAGGUCCACGACACGCCGCUGCAUCACGCCGCCACCGCCGCCAUCUCCACCAUGGACUCCACCACCUCAUCUGCCGUCGACCUCACAGGACCGCUGGCAGCCACGGAGAUUGAGCUGAAGUCAAUCGUGCCCGACCCAGAUGUCGGGUCCCCGGCUAAGACAGACCAUAAUGGGCGGUCUGUUCCGCCUCCCUCUGGUACUCCCAGGGUGGUCCUGGAUAAGAGAGGUGUCGUAGGGGCUAGCAAACAGCACCUGUCCUCUACACCUAGGCAUAAAGCACCCACGUCCUCCGAUCCACUUCUCAAGUCCCCGGGAGACUCCGCUCAUCCACCCCUCAUUCAUUCUGUGGCCCCUUCAUCCACUUUCACUGGUGAAAAUGAGACCACUCAAUCCCCGACUGAGGACAUAACCAUCGAACUCCUCAGACAAGUCCCUGCCUCCAUCUCGGUCAACACCAUUCCUCCUCUAUCUGAAACCCUUCCCAUUUCUUUAUUGGACUCAGCCUCUCCAGCUGUAUUUGAUUCAACCUCUACCUCCAUUAUUGACCCUUCCGUUCCCCCUGUCAUUGAAUCCACCCCUACCUCCACAUUGGACCCUUCCGUUCCCCCUGUCAUUGAAUCCACCCCUACCUCCACAUUGGACCCUUCCGUUCCCCCUGUCAUUGAAUCCACCCCUACCUCCACAUUGGACCCUUCCGUUCCCCCUGUCAUAGAAUCCUCCCAUGCUUCCACAUUGGACCCUUCCAUUCCCCCUGUCAUAGAAUCCACCGCUACCUCAUUGAGUGCUCCAGAAGUCAUUGAACAUCCCCCUAUUUCCACAUUGGACCCUUCCAUUUCCCCUGUUGUAGAAUCCACCCCUACCUCCACAUUGGAUCCUUCUAUUCCCCCUGUCAUAGAAUCCACUGCUACCUCAUUGAGUGCUCCAGAAGUCAUUGAACAUCCCCCUAUUUCCACAUCGGAUUCUCCCGUUCCCCCUGUCAUAGAAACCACCCCUACCUUGGACUCUCCCAUUCCCCCUGUCAUAGAAACCACCCCUACGUUGGACUCUACCAUUCCCCAUGUCAUAGGAACCACUGAGCCUGUGGAAUCUAGCACUCCCCCUGUACAUGAAUGUGUCACUGUUAUUGAUUCUACCGACCCAAUCACUACUGACUCCAUAAUUCCCAUUCUCAUAAACUCAGUAGAUGACAAACACCCACCUCCCCCCUCUACAUCAGACUCUGCCAUUCCCCUAUUCACAGAAUCUGUCCCACCACACUUUGACUCUUCAUCUCCAUGUGUAUAUAAUGUGGUUGUCCCGCCCCCUUCCCCUGUGCACGCCCCCAUGCCUCCACCACUGCCGCCACCCAAUCACUCAGUUCAGACCCCCACAACAACAGUGGACUGUUCCACUCCCGCAGUCAUAAACACUGUUCACCCCCCCACUGCGGACUGUACCACUCUCCCAAUCACAGAUAUCGUUGAACCACUAUCACUGGACUGUACCACUCCGCGUGUCAUAGGAUCAGUGCUCCCCAACGUAACAGACACUGAAACCACAGAGGCAGCCCCUGCUUCCACAGUAAUGGACUGCACCGUCUCCUCCCCUAUAGACUCAGGUAUUGUUCCCGUAUUAGACUGUACCAUCUCAGAAAACAGCAGCAUAAACGGGGUGGCGUCAUCAUGAUGCAAGGCUCCACCUCUGGAACAGUGAGGAAGAUGCCCUAGACAACCAUGUGACAUGAGAGGGGUCACUAACUGGCCAAUCAGGCUUCAGACAUUUAAGCUUCUCUGUAGAGAGAUUGCCAGCAACGGACAGAAGGGAGAACUGCUUGAGGUGUGUAGGUGGUCUGUAGUAGCCGGAAGAAUGUUACAGCGAAUAUUUUAAUAACUAAUCCAAGAUAGCCCACAAGGUGUAAUUUCCAAUGGAAGGUUAGUGAUGCCAAGUGGGCAGAACCUAAGAAUGGAGGUGGACAGAGACAAGCAUUCUAGUAUGUUUCUGUAAGGAAACACCUACUCUGUGAAAGGCGCGCGUGCAAUAACUAAAUUCACCCUGCACUCCCAAACAACCAAUUUUUUUUUUUAAUGUUGGCAAACGGUAAAGUCUACAAAACGUAGUCCACUGUUCGUAACCUAUUCUACUUUGUGAACAGAACUCUAGACGAUCCCAUGUUUCUUCGAUGAGAAAAUGGUCAGAAUGUUGGGCCUCGUUAUAUCUUGCUCCACUGGCUUCCAUUGUCCAUCUACUGGGCUUCCUCUCCAGGUGGGGAGUAAAAAUCAUGACCUGAUGCUACAGUUUUAGAAAUCCGCUGGGCUACUUCGCUCCCUGUCGGUCUGCAGUGAUUGUGAUGAGUCGUUGCUUUGCCACAUUGUGAGGCUGACAAUAACUGUGACAUCGUCAGAGAGAUGUUGUCACUGGAGGAAUCUGUGUCAUUCUAGACAGACGGACUACCAGCCAAAACACUCUUUGAGACUUUAUCCCCAGGGUUACUCGGAGAUGCCAUACAAACCACUAAGAAACAUUGACUACAUUUGACUCAUUUGCAGACUUCUGUACGCCCAAUGUGUUUGAUGAUCUACAAUUGCCUUAUCAUGUAGUAAAGAAAAAUGGCUCCAAGAAUACCACAGAGUUUUGAAUAUCAUCAGUGCCAGAUAUCUAAAUUGUUCUUGAUGUCAUGAAAUUAAUAUUCAGGAACUGAUUGGUAUCUGUGUAGGGAAAAGAGCAAUUUGCCAAACAUGAAAAACCAAAACUACAUUUUGCAGCCCAAAUUAACUGCCAGUGGGCAAUACAUAGUUUUUCCCCAAGUAUUGGAGGUAUUUUGAUGUAUUAGACAAUAAGUUAAAAUAGCAAGUCCCUAGUGUUAUAUAAGCAUGUGUGAAUGAAUGGUGUCUGAGACAAGAAGAAUGAUGUCAGCUGAACAAGCAAUGUUAAAAGAACAAUCAACUGAUGAUGUCUGAAAUGAACAGAGAGAAGAACUUUACCACUGAUCUGGUUGAAGUGAGGGGUCACUUGGUCCUUUGGGGCUUGGUUGUGCUUUUUGAUGUUGUGUUCUUGAAAGUGAAGAAUUUAGAGACUCUUUCCUGGCUUCAUGGGACUGAUUUUUAUUUUCCCACUUUUCAAAAAUGGUAUGAAUUGUACUGUAUGCAAUUGGGUCUUGUAAAUGUGAUAUUGUAGGUUAAAUUGCGUACUUUAUGUUGUUGUGCUACUGAUGUUCAGCUUGAUUGCAAAAAGGUAAAAAAGAAACAAAUGUUUUCACUAUAAUCUCAAGGGGCGUGUCCUUAGUGUAUAAAGCUAGCCAGCACUGUUACCAUUAUUUGUGUGAAUGUAAGUGGCACUUUAUCCCUCGCUAAGGGGACAAAGCAUGGAAACAAAAAUGUGAACAUUUCCACAAAACAAAGAAAUCAUUUUCAAAUGUUAUCUAAAAAGGCACACAAGCAAUUUCUCUGAAAUGGACACAUAAAUGACACACGUAUUGUCUUACUUUCUAAUAAAAGUCAUUGCCUCUGUCAUUUGCAGUUUUGGUGUAGUGAAAAUGUAAGUAUAUUCCCUAAAAUAUAUAUUAGAAAAAUAAUUUAUAUUCCCAAAGGUAUGCACAAUUGAUACAUUUGUGAUAUUGACAUUUAAUUCAAUUUUCGUUUUAAAUGUAGGCGUACCCCUCUGUUGUUCUUUUUUUUUCUUCUAAACAUUAACAACCAUUAACAUUAAGUAUUUAUUUUAUUGUAAUAAUUUCAGACCUGAUCACAAUGUUGUGAUUUGCCAAUUGGAUAAGACAACAAGUGGUUAAACAACUGUCUCUGAUUAUUUUUAUUAAAACGUGAAUAUAUGAAGAGCUUUUUUUUCUUUUAAAACCCCCAACUAUCUAAUGUCAACUUCAUCCUUAACCCAUAUUUUUUAUUGAUGGACAAUAUUAAUAUUAGCCCACUGUUUUCAAAUACAAUAUCAAUAAUUGUACUGUUGAGCUUGUUUUUUUUCUCCAAAUUUCAUUGAUUGUAUGAUGUCAUUUCAAAUGCGAUGGAGUCCGUAGUCAUCUACAGUGUGUUUAUUACUAUGUAUUUAACCAGGAAAAAUGCAAUGGCUUUGGAGCUGUCCAAAGUGUUGUGUAUCAUGCAAGCACCUCUGAUCACUCUACUGUAUACUAAUCAUACAGUAGUGAUUACAACACGUACUGUCAUGUAUUUUUAUCGAUAAAAUUAACAGUGUAAAUACUAAAAGUGUAAAAACAUGCUUUUUGUUAAUUCUCUGGUUAUUUUCUUUUAAAUAAGCACACUGUUAAGAAUUGUACUUAAUUCAUCAUACUACAUUAUUUACAAUAUUCAAGAAAGAUGCAGGAUAUAUGAAUCAAGUUCAACAAGUUUUGUUGUUUUGUGCUCCAGCUCAUUGGAUUUUAAAUGAAACAUUGACCAAUAGGUUAAAGUGCAGACUGUCAGUUUUUAUUUGAGCAUAUUUACAUCCAUGUAUUCCUUUCUUUUUUAAGAAUUCCACCCCCUUUUAGCGGACCAAAUGUUGAACAAAUUAACAAAUGUGAAGUUGUCAUAUUUUGCACGUAGUUGCCAAAUCCUUCACAUUCGAUGAUUACCUGAGGUCUGCGACGCAGACAUCAGCAGACGCCAGGUAUCCCUGGUGAUGCUCUGCUCAGCCUGUCCUGCAGUCAUCUUUACUUCCUGCAGCAUGCUCAAUUGAAUUCAGGUCAGGUGAUUGACUUGGCCUGUGAAGAACGUUCUGCUUUUUGCACUGAAAAACUCCUUUUUGUUUCUUUAGCAGUAUGUUUGGGCUGUUGUCCUGCUAAAAGGUCAAGUGCCGUCCAAUACAUUUUUGAUGCAUUUGUUUUGUCUAGAAUGUUCAUCCAAUAUUUCAAGAAAAUUAAAGCUGAAGGUCUGUACUUUUA